UUACACCAAAACAUGCAUUAUUUUUCAAUAUUUUUUCAAAUUACCAAAUUAUGCAAAUUUUCUUAAUUAAACUUCAUUCAAUUGAAGGUGAAAUAGUAUUUCCAUAAAAAUGUAUAACAGAGAAUGGUCGACAUUGUAGCUUAAAUAAUAACCAAAUUUGUAUCAUAACCUUUGAAUCACUUAUAGGAAUAGAAACUGAAGUACGUAUAGUGAUGAUCGGGAAAACAGGAAGUGGUAAAAGUGCAACAGGUAAUAGCAUCCUUCAGAAAGAGGCUUUUGUGUCAGCAUCAAGUAGUUCAUCAUGUACGAAAAACUGUAGACGCGGUGAAAACAUUUGCGAUACAGGAAACAAGAAGUAUAAUCUUAUUGUUGUCGAUACUCCAGGAUUAUUUGACACUGGAAUGAAAAACCAAGACGUAACCAAAGAAAUUGUGAAGUGCAUUGGAAUCACCUCCCCUGGGCCACAUGCUAUAAUUUUUGUCGUGCCGCUCCUAGGUCGGUUUACAAAAGAAGAAGAGGCAACUGCAUUGCAUUUCAUCAAUGUGUUUGGCGAAAAACUCAUGGACUACAUGGUAAUUAUUUUCAGCCAUGGAAACAGUAUGUCUAAAGAUGAAUCUAUUGAAGAAAGAGUUGCAAAUUCACCAGAAUCUCUACAAAAUCUCGUCAAGAAAUGCGAAAACAGGUUUGUAGUUUUUGAUAAUAAACUCACCUCAAAAGAUAGAAGAAAGAAACAAUUAAACACAUUAAUGGAAAUUAUUGAAAAAAUGAUCGAAAAAAAUGGUCAACCGUUUUACACAGAUGAAAUGUACAAGAAAGCUGAGGAAGAGCUGCAAAAGCGAAUGGAAGAAUUGAAGAAAGAAAAUGAAAGAAUGAAUGCGGUCGAUCUCCGCAAAACUGUUCGUAAAGAAGUGGAAGACGAUGGCGAUGUUUUAUCUAAAAUUGGUAAUGGAAUUUAUGCCUUUGGACAGGGUAUGGUCACAACAGCUGUGCAGGCCACAGGUAUUCCAACUCUUUUAAAUGGUUUUGCAAGCUGGUUUGGACAGUGAAACACAACCUUUGAAAAAUAAAAAUGUCGAAUAUGUGAACAAAAUGUGUAAUAUAUCUCUCUAUAUGUAAUGUCCAUUCAGAUGUCAUUUACAAAAAUAAAUUGCAAAUGUUUUUAGAUAUAGAGUAGUAAUAGUUGAUGCAAAUUUACGUUUUUCAUUGUAAAAUAACAUGGAUGUAUAAUUGCACAUUAUCUUAACGUCCGGUAAGAACCGAGCUCAGUUCAUUCACGACCUAGAGCAUUGCCGCAGAAAUAUCUCUUUAAUUAUUCAUUACUCUUUUGAUCAAAUGCGCAUGAUAUUUCUACUUUAAUUUUAACUGCAAAAGAAAACAAUUAGCCGUCAACUUUUAAUGAAUAUAUGAUGAUUUUUAAAAAUGCUUUUGUCUUGAUAUGAAAUGAAAUUAAUAUGUCCUAAUGAAAAAGAGGUGUCACCGUAGAACAGAAUUGAAGCUCUCCAUUUAGGAAAUAAGUUGUGCAUGAAACUAAAUAGAAGGUGCAAACAGUUAAUAAUAAGUUGUCUGAUGUUAUUGGAAAUAACUAUCUGUUAUAUGCGUAUAAAUCUAUGACUGUAGGGUGUAGUGGCUAGAAUUUCGUUUCAUAAUUUGAGUUUUUGUUUGUCUUUCUGUUGAUUUAUGAUGGUUUAAUAAAUAUUAAUGAUUCUUGGAUUUAUCAAAAUCUA